AAACAGAGCACAAAAUCAAAAACUUAUAAAACAUUAACUCCUGAAUAUUUGGAGUGGGAAGCUGAAAUUAAUGUAGCGCCGGAACUAGAAUCUAAGAAAAAUCGUAGAUUCCAGGAAAAAUGUAUCCUAAUAACUCAAGUAUUACUUGGAGAAAAGCCGAUAAUUGAGUAUCGUCCUCCCUUCUUGAAUGGAUUAGAACUUGAUGCCUUCUUUCAAAAAUAUCAGAUCGCAUUAGAGGUGCAAGGAAGUCAGCAUCGGCUUCAUAGCACUAGCUGGUAUAAAGAUGUCAAAAAACUUGAGGAUGUUAUAAAUCGUGAUCGGCUAAAAAGAUGCAUAUGUCAAGAUAAUGGGAUUUUCCUCCUUGAAGUAUGGUAUGAUGAAAAACCGGAAAUUGUUAUCCCCGAAAGAGUGCAGAAAAUUAAGUAUCGGGAUAGGCUGGUCGGUGAAGAGUUAUUACGUCGCAGUAUAGCAAAGAGUAGUUUAAGUACUGCAUGGCUUGACGAUCUGAUGAAAGAAUGGGAAGAAAUCAAUACUCAAUUCAUACAAAUUUUCAGCCAGGCAUAA